CUUUUCAGGCAGUGUACAUCCGAGACCGGAACACGAUGCUGGCGAUACAACCCAACCUUCCGUCGCUAGUAAUUAUUACAUCGCCUACCCAGGUACCUCCCUUGGGUAGGUGCGCAUAUACUUGGCACAUCCAGUACUACGAGCAUCCCUCACAAAGCAUAUAUGACUGUCUACGUAUCCGGUUUCUCCUAACAGUUUUUUUUUACUGAUCAGCCCCAUUCAUGGCUUCUCGCUGGGCAACCCUAAAACUCCUCUCCUUGAACCCAGCACUGCCUCCCCCUUUUCGACCUCUAGCAUCGGCCUCCUUCCUUCCAAAGUUUUGUGCAGCCCGCAAAAUGACCUCAGAGGCCACUCCCAGGAAGUAUGAGUGGCUUGUCGUCAUCCCCGAUCUCCCGGGCGUGUUGGAUAAGAGAUUUAUAGUUCGCCCCAAGCAUUUUGAAGGCAUGCAGGCUUUUGUUGAAUCCGGCGAAUGGAAGAUGGGUGGGGCUCUUCUGGAUGAGGUUCCCAAGGACGAUGAUCCUGCCAGUCUGAAAAUGAGUGGCAGUACUCUCGUGGCCGUUGCUUCGUCCAGAGAGGAGAUCAUGGAAGUACUCAAGGCCGACCCCUACGCAAAGGAAGGUGUCUGGGACUUGGAUAAAGUGCAGAUGUGGCCAUUCAAGUGUGCUUUCCGGAAGCCUUGAGAACGACAGUAGGGAUAGGGGGAAGCAUUGCGGUGAAGGACUUGGAUGAGUAGGGGUGGUCAUGGGGGUGGUCAUGUCAUGGCUGCUGUCCACGUCGAGUUCUCAAGACAUCCCAGACCAUGAAUUCUCUUACUAGGAUCAAGCUCACAUACUUGAUUUUAAAUCAUCCUCCCUGGCCACAUAUUCGCAAAUUUUUUUGAGCUUGCCUCGCCUGGAAUACCUCCUUGAUGUGCUGUAUCCC